AUGGAGAGUAGGGAAUCCAUCACACUGAGGAAAUGCAUUCCGCUGCUAUCUAAGACCCCAACUCCAGACACCAUGUGCUAUAACAACUUCUCCAGCACUGCCUUCCCAGGAUGCUACUGGGGCAGCUACAGCUACCCCCUGGGGUAUAGUGUUGGCUACCUCAGCACCCACUCUCCAGUGGGCUAUGGUUUUGGCUAUGGCUACAACGGCUGUGGGGCUUUCGACUACAGAAGAUUCUGGCCAUUUGCUCUCUAUUGA